AUGAAGCCCGCCGCCCGCCUCCUGCUCGCCCGUCCCCGCACCCUCCUCCGCCCCCUCCCCCUCGCCCGCCCAGCCUCCACAGACGCCUCCACCUCCACCUCCACCCCGCCCCCCAAUGUCGCCUUCGAGGACCUGUCCCAGCAGGCCAGCCUCGAGAUGGAACAGGCCCUCGCAGAGAGAGAAGUCCACCUAGCCACAUGGUUCCCGUCCAACUCUGGCAGGCACGAGCCCAUCCUGCUGCCCGUCUCCUCUCUUGCUUCACCAACCCCCACUCAGCCCUCUGGCGACGACGUCGUCAUUGCCCUUCCCCCAGACAUCUUUGCCCAACCCAUCCGCCGAGAUAUCCUCCACCGCUGUGUCGUAUGGCAUCUGUCACAACUCCGCCAGGGCAACAAACAAACAAAAUCACGAUCUACCGUCAACUACUCUGGCCGCAAACUGAUCCCUCAAAAGGGAACGGGUAGAGCUCGUGCGGGAGAUGCUUCAUCGGGCACAAGACGAGGUGGUGCGCCGAUCCACCCUAUUGCGCCCAAGAACUGGGCCCAGUCGCUUCCGCGAAAGGUCAACGAGCUCGGUCUCAAAAUCGCCUUGUCUUCGAAAUUGCAGAGCGGAUUGCUCAGAGUAGUACAAGAUCUGGGAGAGGGUGGAUGGUCAGGGACACGGGAGGCCAGAAAGGCAUUGGCGAAUGGUGUCGAGUGGCCUCGAUCUGAAUCUGGCCUUGAACAAGUGCCGGAAGCGACAGCCGCCGAGGAAUUAGGGUUGGAAGAGCAUGUGCAAGAAAAGGCCAUCGAGGAGCAGGUCAAGGAGGACGUCAAGGAUGCUGUCGAAACAGCAGUGGAACCAUCAGGACCCAUCUAUACCCCCCGCUUUGGCGCUCCAGAUGACCUGUCCAUCCUCUUCCUCUACACCCCUUGGAAACUCGAGUCUGAACUCGAAAGCUUCUUCCGGGCUACCCGAAACAUUCCAGGCGUCAAUGUCAUGGCCGCCGACGAGGCGACAGUGUAUGAUAUCCUCAAGAGCAGGUGGCUGGUGCUCGAGGGUGGUGCCGUGGAUUAUUUCGGGGAUGACGCUGGGCCUUUAAGCUUGGAGGAUUUCGAGCAGCCAGGGGAGUACGAGGUCGAGGAGGGCGUGGAAGCGGUGGACAGUGCCAGGGAAGAAGCGUUGAAGGCAUAG